CCGGUGGAAAGCAAGGGAGCGUGGAAGUAUGAUGAAUGGCCCAAAUUAGAACGAUGUGUACAAUACAGUCUCCACAUCACAUUUGGCUUGUGCCUUUCUCGGAUCUGAUGUUCUAAUUUCUAGUCUACCACUUACCGCCUCUCCAUUCCGUCUUCCUCAGCUUUCCCAGAAAAGAAACUUCGAAUUUCCCGUAGAUCCUGUUUUGCUCAUCAAAAGAUCAUUCUGAACUGUGCCCAUGUUCCUCCGCUUGCCGUUCCAUCGACCCUUCUGCAACGGGCAUUGUAGAGUUGAUGAAAAAUGAAGGAGAAAUGCUCUGCUGCUGCUAUCUGAAAAGAAAUGGAUAACAUUCACUAGGAGUCUUCUUCAACCACAAGGAAGCUACCUGGAAACAUCAUGGGAGAUAUUGUUCAAUCUAGAGGUUGGCAAUUGCUCAGAAAGGGCAGAUGGUUGAUACCUUUUUUUUGCUCCUCAAGGAAUGUCCAAACAUCACGUAAAAUUUCAGUUAGUUCCUCGUCAAUCAAUGUUGAAAAACCUCACCAAAACUUUAUGAGGGACAAGAAGCUAGUUCCUGAUUCAGAUCCCCCUAGCAUGAAGGAUGUUGAUCUUUUAUAUAAUUUUCUUGAUCGAAGUUCCAAGCUUGUGGUAUUGACAGGAGCUGGAAUAAGUACGGAAUCUGGAAUUCCUGAUUAUAGAAGCCCAAAUGGAGCUUAUAGUUCUGGUUUCAAACCAAUUACACAUCAGGAGUUUGUUCGUUCAAUCCGGAGUCGUCGUCGAUAUUGGGCAAGGAGUUAUGCAGGGUGGAGACGUUUUACAGAUGCACAGCCUGGGCCUGCACAUUUAUCUCUGGCAUCUCUAGAAAAAGUAGGCCGAAUCAAUUUAAUGGUCACUCAAAACGUUGAUAGGUUGCACCACCGUGCGGGUAGUGAUCCACUUGAAUUACAUGGAACAGUGUAUUCUGUAAUUUGUUUAGAGUGUGGCUUUUCCAUUUGUAGGAAUUCAUUUCAGGACCAAGUGAAAGCUCUCAACCCCAAGUGGGCAGAAGCAAUCGAAAGUUUGGAUGUUGGAGGCUCAGGAUCAGAUAAGAGCUUUGGCAUGAAGCAAAGGCCGGAUGGUGAUAUUGAAAUCGAUGAAAAAUAUUGGGAGCAUGACUUCUGUAUUCCAACCUGCCAAAAGUGCAAUGGAGUGCUUAAGCCUGAUGUCGUAUUCUUUGGUGAUAAUGUCCCAAAGGAUAGGGCUACUAAGGCGAUGGAAGCUGCUAGAAAUUGUGAUGCUUUCCUCGUAUUGGGGUCAUCUGUGAUGACCAUGUCUGCUUAUCGGCUAGUGAGAGCCGCUCACGAGGCAGGUGCAGCUACUGGAAUUGUAAAUGUAGGUGUUACAAGGGCUGAUGACUUUGUAUCACUGAAAAUCAAUGCUAGGUUGGGUGAGAUCAUGCCCAGAGUGCUUCAUAUGGGUUCCCUCAGCAUCCCUUCGCUCCAAUAACAUCAGUUCAGGUGUCUGUUUCAAUUACAGCUCUUUCAUAUUUUUCAGUAGAGAAUCUACUAUAUAUUUUCCCAAAGUACUUUCGCGGAACGGAUUUCUUUACUGUUAUGUUAUUAAUAGCAAAAACUCGAUGGACUGGUCACAGUUUUAGAUUAUUUUCUUAUCUGUUUUUUUUUUCCAAAAAUAAUAAUAUAAUAAUAAGUAAAUAAUUUCAUGUUAUUUGCA